AAGAACGUUUGUACAAAUGUCAUUCUCGAAGGUGUCCAGUGCGAGGCGAGUCUCCCCUUUUCACUUUUUUCACGGAAAAUGUAAACAACUGUCAUCGAACCGAGAAUCGUAGCGUAAACAAAGCGCACAUAUUCAAUGAAAAAUAGGCGUUUCGUUAGCCAUCUUGAAUCGCACUUUUUCACCAGUUUUCCACCAUGGCACAAACCCUGCCGGAAGUCCCAUCCAAUGAUCCGACCCGUUUCUGCCGGUUGUGCUUCUCGCAGAAGAGCAUCCAUUGGGUAAUCCGUACGUUCGGCACUGAGGUGGAUCUUCCGUUCGUCAACACCAUCGGAGAGUGUGUGGGCCUAUGGCUUAGUUUGGAGGAGGACUUUCCCUGUGCCAUUUGCCGGCGGUGCACCAAGCGAUUGGAGGAGAUCAUACGGUUCCGGGAUAGUUGCCGCCGUUGUGACGAAGCGAUCCGGAACAAGCGCAGCGAGGACCCGUCGGCGCUGGUGUUGUUCUACGACUAUCCGGAGGAUAAGGUUUUCAUCAAUGGACCGGCCAAACCGGGGUUCCUCCCCGAUGAUCCAGAUUUUGAAAGCGAACCGAUUCUUCCGGAAGUCGUACUGGACGAGAGUGGUUCGAAUGAUUAUUCGAACUCGGACAAGCGAAUUCGGAUGAGUCGAACGGAGAAGCAGCUGGCACUGAAGAGUUACAUGGACUCGUACACCGCGUGGUCAUCGGAUCUCAAUCGUACCAAGGACGAUGACGAAAUGACGAUCGCCGCACCGGAAACCAUGGCACAGGAGAACCUUCCGGAGCUGAGUGUCCUUUGUGAGAAAUACGAAGUCACCGCCAGAGACUCCACCAAGCAAAAGUCCAAGAAAGAGCCGUUUAGCAUCAGCACAUACACCUGCUGCUUCUGCCAGCAGUCGUUCCGCACCAAGGAAGCCCUAAAAGGUCACAAACAGACCAAGCACAAUGGUUCCAAGAGGCAGACGCAGCAGAAAUCCAAAUGUCCCGACUGUGGACAAAUAUUCAUGUCCUUGUACCAGAUGCGGCUGCAUGCUGUCCGGCACAGGAGCAACCUGUUGAUAAGCUGCCCGACCUGUGGUAUUCAGUUCAUAUCGCAAAACGAACUGACGUCGCACCUCAAGAACAAGGGCUGCCGCUUGAAGCCGUUCGGCAAGUGUAAGUACUGCGAUAGAACGUUCUCCCGACGGGGUCGAUACAUCUUCCACCUCAAAAAGCUCCACCCGGACAAACCCAUUCCAAGCGUAAGUGGUGGGUCGAAAACGCCACGUGCCACGAUUCUACCAAAUCCGCAAUACACGGAUAUGAAAAGGACCGACAGCGGCGCUAACAGCCUGCCAAUCGAGGAGCACGGUCGCUUUGUAGUGAUGCUGGAGCCCCUUUCAUUAGGCGUCCCGUCUAAUCCGUCAAGCGAUGAGACAUCCAGCGAAUCACCAUUCAGCCCCCCCGAUGAGAAUGAAAAACUAGUUUGUACCCUCUGCUACGAGCGCUUCGAUGACUUGCCGGCCUACAAUACCCACCUGGCGGAGUGCUUCAAUCCGGAUGACCAAACCGGGCUGGCUCCACCGCCGUACAAGCUGUGCAAUUGUGAAGACUGUACGGUCGUGUUCGAGGCGGUCGAUCCCUUUGUGGAGCACCUCCGGGAGCACGAGCGACCGCUGCAGAUUAAACCGCAUGACUGUGUCCAGUGCAGCAGUGGCCGACAACCGAAAUUCCUGCUCCAUCCGCACAGCCCUUCGAUGAUUCUCGGCGACUAACGUCGCACGGUAAGGUAAUUAAAGUAUGUGUGUGUGUGUGUCUGUGUGUGGAAACUUCAUUUGAGGCGCUCAAUGUGACCCCAUUCGGAUAUGAAUGCCCCAUUGCAUCUCUCCCAUCAUCGUCGUUAUAGUGUAGUUAGUAGCUGUAGAAGUCCGAGUGCAAGCUUUUGGCCGAGCCUGAGCGAGUGUAGGGCACAUUAUUUAAUCGUUU